UGUUAUCUUUCGUAGGGCCGGAUGAAUUGGGAGGCCGUACGAGCGCACUUGUGCACGUUGGCAGUGGCAGUCAGCUUUAACAGUACGUGGAGGGUUCCCCGCGAGGCGUACCGAUACGGUGGGGUGUCUUACUUAUUGGUGUUGAGCAUUGCCAUGGUCAUUUUUGCUCUCCCGGCUACGCUACUGCAGCUGACUAUAGGACAACUUAGUCAACAAGACGCAGUUGGCGUUUGGAGAGCUGUGCCUUUCUUUAAAGGUGUUGGCUACAUAAGAUUACUCAUUUCAUACAUUGCAAGCUUAUACUCAAUAAUAUAUGUUGCUCUUUCGGUACUGUUCUAUCUUCUCUUUACCGUAAAUAGAUCUAUUCCCAUAUGGGAAUGCACGGAGCCUAUUGUGAUAUCAGUAAGUUCCAAUCCUUCCACUUUUUUAGCGCCGCUAGCGGAGCAGCCUGAAUAUUACUUGGCUUUGUCUAUGUUGACCAUAGUUUUAUGGAUUAUUUUUCCUUUUAUAUUUUACAACCCCAUAAAAUUGAUGAAACGGAUAUUAUAUGCUUUGGGACCAUUAGUAUUGAUACUAAUGGUUGUAAUUGCUAGUUGUAUUGGGAGCAGGAGCAAUUUGGCAAUGUUUCAAAGGCAACAUGACUGGCUUCAUUAUUUGGAGUCGAAAAUAUGGCAUAGCGCCGUUAUUCAAGCUGUUUUGUCAUCGCAAACGGCUGGCGGCUUCCUAAUAUCGUCCGGCACCGCGAUAUAUUCAAAUGCCGACGUUCAGCGAACGUCGUGGUUACUGGUCACAGCGAAUGUGGUAUGUAGCUGGCUCGGCGCAGUGUUCUGGUUGAGCGUAGCGGGCGGCGGCGAGGACCGCGACGAGACCGCCCUGGCCGUGCUCGUGCAGAUGUACAGAGCAGCGGAGUAUCACAGCUUUCACAACAUUUGGCCAAUACUUGUAUACGCCUUGUUAUUCUUUUCGGGAAUAAUUUCAAUGCUAGUACAAUUAUUUCCACUGUACGACAACUGCCGGCGAGUGGGCGGGCAAGGGUGGCGGUUGAUAUCGUUCACGGGGUCGUUUUUCGGCGCGGCGGCAGCGCUGGGAGUGUUGGUCGGAGGGCUACCCGCUUUAUCUGUGCUAGAAGACACUGCGGUCCCUCUUCUCAUCUGCAUAGCAACUGUUUUAGAGUUUCUAGCUUUCAUAUUCAUUUACGGCUGGAAGUUAUUGGUGGAGGACGUGGAGUUUUUAACAGGGCGGGCAUUAGCGAAACCGUGGGUGUUUGGCUGGUUCGCCACGCCUGUUGCCAUGUUGGCGGUCACUGUGUGGUGGCUGGUGGCCAUAUUCCUCGGUGACGAACAAUGGACGGAAGCCCCGUGGGAUGCUAUCACUAUUCUGGCUACAGCAUCAGUGGCUGCUACAGUUUUCUUUGCAUUAGCUGCGGCGUCUGUCGCUAAACAAGUUCAAUUCGAUUUAUUUGGGAAAAUUAAGUCCUCCUUCAAUCCCACAAGACACUGGGGUCCUCGUGAUCCAAUAACAUAUUAUUAUUGGAUGGCUCGACGCCAACAGAGCCAAACUGGAGCAAGAGACACCUUCACGCCCACAUAUACUAGGCGACAAUUGGGACAGUUCACGGGAGGAGCCAGUAUUUUCGACAUUUCUCCGCCAAAGAAGAACCUCGAGGAAAAUAAUUAGCUGAAACUGAAAAGUGG